AUGGUACCGUUGGUGCAUGGGGAUGCAAAUGUGGCAGUGGGCACGUCGGUGGAGCAAAACACGCCUACAGCGGUACAGGUGCAGACCGAGGAGGUCGAGGAACAGGAGGACGUGCUGAUGGAGAUGGUGCAUGUUGGGGAUGCACACGUGUUGGGUGAUACCGAUGAAGGGGAUGAUCAAGAUUGGGCCGUGGAUUACGCUUCCUCUUCCUCCUCGAGCUCCGUGAAGUUGUUCGAUGUUUUGCAGCAGCGCGCUGCUCACACUUUCUUUCCGCCGGCCAGGCAUCUCUCCACCUGUGCAGUCUCUGCAGCUGCCUGGUCUUCGGCGAGGCCCUGCGUCUUUGCGGUGGCGAUGGAGAUGGGAGGCGUCUAUGUCUAUGACCUGCUUCAGUCACGGCAAGAGCCCGUCAUGGAGCUUCCGCUGACCGGUGGAACUUCUCAGAAGGUCACGAGCCUUGCGUUCAACCCCAAGCAGCGUGGCAUGAUCGCCGUCGGUGACGACAGCGGUCGGGUCCGUGUCUUUCGCUUGCCCUUCCGGCUCUCUGAACAGCAGAAGUCGGAGAUGGCUUUCAUCGCGACUCAGCUCCUUGGCGAUAAAGGCCGAGGCACGAAGGAGACGAAAGAUGCGGCGCCGCCGGCGCCGCCCCCGCCUCCUCCCCCGCCUCCUGCGUGA